GCGCACGCCGCCAUCUUGGCCCGGGAGACGGCGCGGGGCGCGCGGAGCGGGCUGCAGGCCCGGCCCGGCCCCCGCCCUGCGGCACCAUGAGCGGCACCGUGAGCGCCGCCGCCGGUCUGCGGCCGCUGCUCGAGACGCUGCAGGACCCCGCAGCCCCCGCGGGGGACCUCACGGACGCGCAUCUCUCUCUCGUCAACCGCCUGUCUGGUGAGGAAGGCAGAGAAUUCGUUGCAGCUGUCAGAAAACACUUCCCUCGACUUUGCAAAGUAUUUAAGGCACACAUUUCUAGUGAAAAUUCAGAGCUGAGUAACGCAGCAUUACAGGCCUUGGGGUUCUGUGUUUUUAAUUCGAAGAUUACCUCUGAAUUAUCCGCAUCUGAAGUAGAAGAUUUGCUUUCCACAUUGAACAGCAUUGCUGUGAAGACUUCAGACAAAAACACUCGCACUCGGGCACUUUGGGUGAUCUCUAAGCAGACGUUUCCUUCUGAAAUUAUUAAAAAGGAGGUAUCCAGUCUUAUUUCUACACUGGAAACUAUACUUACUAAAGGAGAUGUACAGUCUAUGAUUGUGGAGUAUGAAGCACUGAAUGUUGUCAUACGCUUAAUGGAGCAGGCUCCAGCCCAGAUGGGAGAAGAGGCUGUGAGGUGGGCAAAGCUGAUCAUCCCACUGGUCGUCCAUUCAGCUCACAAAGUGCAGUUACGAGGUGCCACUGCGCUGGAGAUAGGCAUGCCACUGCUGCUUCAGAAACAGCAGGAGGUGGCAGCUGUAACUGAGCAUCUGAUGACCACGAAAUUAAUUUCGGAACUUCAGAAAUUGUUUUCUACUAAAAACGAGACAUAUGUUUUAAAGCUGUGGCCGCUGUUUGUCAAGUUACUUGGGAAGACUCUGCAUCGUAGUGGCAGUUUCAUCAAUUCUUUGCUGCAGCUGGAGGAACUUGGAUUCCGUAGUGGCUCACCUGUGGUCAAGAAAAUUGCUUUCAUUGCAUGGAAGAGUCUAAUAGAUAAUUUUGCUCUAAAUCCAGAUAUUUUGUGCAGUGCUAAAAGGCUGAAAUUGCUGAUGCAGCCACUGAGCUCAAUCCACGUGAGAACAGAGGCUUUGGCACUGACAAAGCUGGAGGUCUGGUGGUAUCUACUCAUGAGGCUGGGACCUCAGCUGCCUGCCAACUUUGAACAGGUCUGCAUACCAUUAAUCCAGAGCACUCUAAGUGUAGAUUCAGCUGCUGCACUACAGGGAACUCCCUCACGUGUGCCAUCCAAUCCCAAUUCAGCAAACCCUCCGCAGAAACCAGGUCCUUAUCCGUUUGCAAGUCCAGCCACACCAAGGAUGAACUUGAAUUCCAGUACUGCAGGACUGGUGGCAAUUCCUUCCAUUCAGCUCCUGGGAAUUGAAAUGCUGCUUCACUUCUUGAUGGGACCAGAAGUUUUGGAGUUUGCAAAGCGAAACAAACUUGUGCUUAGUUUAGAGCCUCUCCAGCACCCCCUGAUCAGUAGCCCAUCCUUUUUCUGUAAGCACGCCAGCACGUUUAUAAAUGCAGUUCAGGAUGGAUUUAUUGCGGUUGGAAAAGAAGUUCCCGAAUCUAUGCUGAAUUGUAUCUGGAAGGACAUAAAUGGACAUGUGAAAGCAGCUAUUGAAUCAGGUAAUAAGAAAGAAAAGCAAGGAUCAGAAGUACUGACCAUGUUGCUCCAGGCUUUAAAAAACAUUGUUAGAUCGAAUUCUCUUCCUGUACAGAAAAUACUGUCCCUCAUUGAUAUUACUGUGAAGGAAUUACCUCCAAAAGUAUUGGGAUCACCAGCUUAUCAGAUUGCUGAUAUGGAUCUUUUAAAUGGAACACCAGCUUUGUUCUUAGUUCAGCUGCCUUUCCAUAACAACCUCUUGGAGUGGUGUGUGACAGAUGAGAGAUUCUUCAUCAUUCUGGAAACUCUUAUGCGCUAUGUUUUAUCCGGACCUACAUCUCUGUUGGCUUUCAGUGAGUCUGUGCUGUGUGUUAUUAAUCAGAACGCCAAGCAGGUGGAAAACAAGGAGCAUCUUUGGAGGAUGUGGAGUAUUGUUGUUAACCCGCUGACUGACUGGAUUAACCGGACUAAUGAAGUAAAUCAAGGGGACGCACUGGAGCACAAUUUCAAUGCUGUUUAUAAUGCUCUGUUGCUACCAGUGUCCCAUAUCUUCCCUGUUCAGGAAUUUCCACAGCCAACUAUGAAAUCCUUGCUGCGUGCUUGGUCAGACCUCUACAGAGCAUUUGCUCGCUGUGCUGCUUUGGUUGCAACAGCAGAAGAAAACCUGUGCUGUGAAGAACUGUGUGCCAAAAUAAUAUCUGGGCUAGAAGGUGAAACUCCAGUAAUGUCUGCAAUGCUGGAUGGUCUCACCCAUGUUGUGGCAGUUAUGGUGGACUGCAUCAACUUUGCACCCUAUGGUACUAAAUAUCAGCCCAAAAAUAGAUCUCCACAGACACCUACUGACUGGUCUAAGAAGAAAAGGGAGCCCCUUGGGAAGCUCUCCUCCCUGUUCAAGCUUCUGGUGAUGCUACUGGAUUCCUUCCAUGCUCUCAGUUCUGAAGACGCCUGCCCAGAACCAUUGGCCUCUGUCGGUCAUUCACUUAUUGCUGUUCUUCACAACAUCAUCAGCCACAUUUCAUUGCCUUCAAUGAUUGGGACUAUGUUUGCAGUUUUUUCAAAACCACUGGCAGUGUUUUAUGAAAAAACAAAGCUUGCUGACGUACCUAAAGCAUACAGUAACCUUAACAGCAAGCUUGAAAAACUCCUGGCUGAGAUUAUCCUGUGUUUGCAGUCCCACUGCAUGGGCUGCUAUGACAGUGAGCUGCUGGAGCAGCUUUCUCCAUUGCUCUGUGUAAUAUUUCAGCAUAAGAGCAAACAGAUGCGCAAGCAGUGCGCCAACUUCUGGAACACAACAUUUGCUAAGGCUGCAUCGUUGACCUACCCUGAAGAAUUAAAACCUGUGUUAAGCCAAGCCAAACAGAAAAUGCCCCUCUUGCUGCCUGGUUUUGAAAGCAUUGAGAUAGCUGACGAACAAAGCGGCCCAUUCUCUGAUGAGGCAGAAAACUCCCAAUGGGAUGCAAAGCUGAGUGGGAUGGAAGUAAACUUGGGUCAGAAACGAGACUCUAUAUUGGCCCAGACAGGUGAACUAAAAAAUGAAGUUAAAGACAAGUCUGAUAACGUGCAAGUCACAUCUGCAAAGUUGAAAUUGGAGUUUUCAGCUUCAAAGCCUAAAAGUGACGUACUUCUGGAAGAGGAGAAAUCUGUUGAUUUUGUGUUCAUUCCCCCAGAAACAAAAGCAAGGAUAUUGACAGAACAUCAAAAAGAAGUGCUUAGGUCAAAGAGAGUUGGUAUUCCUGCUAUGUACAACAAUUUAGACUCAUCACAAGAUACUACCUUAUUUUCUCAGUAUACUCAGAGCCAGGAAGACUCUUUGGAGAAGUCACCUUUAGAAAAUGCAAAAGAAGAUUUUAAAAACAAUCCUCAGGAAGAAAAUGGAAAGAGUGAAAGCUGUAUUGCUGAUUCAGAUGGAAACACAGGGGACUGCAAAGUGGAUAAUCCUCUGGAGGAUGUGAAAGAGAAGUCUGCUUAUCACAUAGAGAAGAACUCAAACAGCGAAGAAGAGUCGUCAAGGGGUGAUAGAACUGGAAUCAUUGGAGAGGAGUCAUCAGUUGGAGAGGCAUUAGAAAAAAGUGGUACAGAAACAGCUUCAAAGGAGUCCUUAGUAGGGAAUGAAAACACUUCAGCUAUCAGCUGCAGUUCUACUUCAAGCGAUGUGAUCUGUGGAACGCCACAGCCUGCGAGCCGACGGCAAUCUUUUAUUACACUGGAGAAGUUUGAUAGUUCAGAGAGCAGGCCCUUCAGCCCUUCAGCUUUAAACAGUGUGUCAGAGGUGUCUCAAAGUGCUUCUGUGCCGGAUAAACAGGGAAAUAUAAACGUAUGCAAGACUGGUCGUAAGCCAGGGAAGUCUGGGGAAGAGAGUAGAAAGUCUUCACAAUCCGAGCAGAUUUCUGCUGCAAAACGAAGGCUGACGCGCAGGCAGAGUAAAAUGGAGCAGCAAGGAAAUCAGCAGGCCAAGCUGGUAACUAACUCAGAACAAGAAAAAGGUGCUCAGGAGUCUUUCGUUUCCAAUAGCGUGGAAAAUAGUCCCGAAUCACCUUGCUCAAUGGAGGACACGGAGCGUGUUCUCACUGCUCAGCCCCAACCUGUCAGCUCUCCAGAACCAGACAUCAAAAAAGCUGAAGCUGUAAUGGCAGAAAUAGAAAAGGUCCGGGCGUUUGAAAUGGAUUCUAAAGAAAAUACACCCCCGAAGACGGCCGUGUCCUCCGAGCAGGUAAUGGGUGAUGGCAGUCAGGGCCCACAUGCAUCUCUUAGUCAGAAAACACUGAGACGUUCUUCGAGACGGCGGUCAGAAAAUGCAGAGAUGGCAGCAGGUAGUCAGGAUAAGGAGGAUGGCUACCAAAAAAAAGACAAACGUAAAGAAGAUGAAAAAGCCCUGCAGAAGAAGGUGCCCCAGACUAAAGAGGAUGCAUCCCAGAAGCAGAAAGCAGUCUGUGGGAAAGCUUCAGAACAUGCCAUCAAAAAAGAAAGCAGCCUACCUGAGAGAAGUGCUGCAGAGGACUUGGGCUCAAAGGAGCCUCCUGCUGCAAAGGGAGCUGAUGAGGAAGCAAACAGAAGUGCUGGGAAGCCAGAAGACACAUUAAAGAGUGACUCGGAAGGUCAGGACUGUAGCUCAGAUACAGUAAGUGAGAAGAAAAGGGAGCGGCCACGAUACCACACCAGGAGGAGUUCACAAGGAUUGCUUUCCAGCAUAGAAAACGCAGAGGCUGAUGGCUCUGAGACCAAGAAGGAAAGUUUAAAGAAAAAAUCUGGAAAAACAAAAAAUAAAAGUGAUUCUCUUGAAGGUAAACGAAAAGAUGUCCAGCCAGAAAGCCAAAGCCAUGGGGUGUCUUCUCAAGUAGAUGAAAGUAAGAAUCUGUCAGGGAUGAAUGAAAGUGAAUUAAGCAGUGAAGUCAGCACAGAUGCAGCAUUGAUGUCUGCACCAUCUGAUGUGAAAAAUCAAGUGCUGCUUGCAGGUGCUGACGAAGCUGAGGGGUCUGCCAGCUCAAGGACUUCUCCCAGUACUCAGAAUGUGAGCGUGGAACAAAGCAAAGCUGGUGUGUUGCCAGAAUCUUUCAGUGACCCACGUGUGUCUGAUGAAGUUUUGAAAGGAGAUGAAAAUAAAUGCAUUGAAAAGCAAAGCUCUGUGGAACAGCAUUCGAGUGUUCAGCCUGAGAACGUACAAGGAGCAAACACUUCAGGUAGUGACCUCUCCUCUUUGCAAAUGCAGGACUGUCAGCACAAGAGAAGCAAAAGGGUGAGAAAAGCCAAGAGCUGCGACUGCUGCUCGAAAAGAGUGAAGCAGCAAACAUCACUCAGUGAGUCAAAAAGUGAGGAUCCUCGUGAGCUGAUUGAGCCUCAGGCCACACCAGUGCAGAUGGCUGUCAGUACAGCAGAGGUGUCUGGCAGCUCGAAUCUGGAGGAGAGCUUGUCCAUCACACCUUGUGCCAUGAGCACACCGCUGCCUCCUGCUAAGGAGUCCGGUAUGUUGAGCUUGGAAAGAGAGAGAACGUGUGAAGACAACCUGCAAGGAAAUUCUGGUGUUAUGAAGGAAGAGGCAGAGAAUCCACCACACACAGCAGGUGAAGUCAGUGAUCCUGUAGUGGAAAUAAAAGUGAAAGAAGAGGUUGAUGGGAACGACAGAGCUGAGCAGUGUGUGUCUGUGUCUGAGUGUGCUUCGGAUGAGCCCGGCGACAGCUCUGUGGCUGCAGGGGAUCAAAGUGAAGAGAAGGCAGCUGUAGAAAAGGAAGAAGAAAGCCAGCAUGGGGAAGUGGAGGAGGUCCCUGAGGCUGAUGGUAGCAAACCUGAGACAAAACAGAUGGAUGAGCUGGAAGGCAAUCGGGACGGCAAGGAGGAAGCUGAGAACGCUCUGGAAGAAGUUUGCAUUACUCCAGAUAACGAGAUGAGAGAGGAACUGCUGGAAGCUGAAAUCACAGUGCCUGAGAAUGUGGCUGUAGGCAACAAAGAUGUAGUAGUAGAAAAUAAGAGUGCGGAUUCGCCUCAGAAGCCAGAAGGCCUGGAUUCUUUCACCUCGGUCAAUGGGAGCCCCAGCGGUGUGCAGGCACGCUGCACGUGGUCUCCUUCAGCUUCCCCAUCCACCAGCAUUUUGAAGAGAGGUGUAAAAAGGCACCACGAGGACGAUUCCUUGUCACCUGCUAAUAAGAUUCGUCGGGUCUCUUUUGCCAAUCCCAUCUAUCAGGAAGGACUGGCUGACGACAUAGACAGGAGAAGUCCUGUCAUUAGAUCCCAUUCUUCACCGUCUUCACGAAGUCUUAAAAUCUUAUCUAAUAUUCAGACUAAGCAUAUUACAACUCCAACCAAAGGAUUUCUGUCCCCAGGAUCUCGUAACCCUAAAUUUAAGAGCUCAAAGAAGUGUUUAAUGACAGAAAUGGUGAAGGAGUCACUGCCUUCCCCUACGGAAUGUGUGUAUCCUGCCUUAGCUGGGUGUAAGGCACCCGUUGAUGUAAUUUUACCUCAGAUCACAUCAAAUAUAUGUGCCAGAGGUCUGGGGCAGCUCAUUCGAGCGAAGAACAUAAAGACAGUGGGAGAUCUCAGCGCUCUGACAGCAUCGGAAAUCAAAACGCUUCCCAUCCGUUCCCCUAAAGUUUCCAAUGUUAAAAAAGCUCUCAGAGGAUAUCACGAGCAACAGGUAAAAUCUCGAGGGUGUGAAGAAAUCGGAGCGCUCGAAGACGGGGAGAGAACAGUCAACAGUGCAGAGGAUAAAUCUCCUCCUGUGGAUGAGGACAAACUUGCAACGGAUCUGGGUGAAGCCAUUGCCCUGAGCAGCAGCAGCCCACCCCCUGCAGAUCUUCUGAGCCAGAUGGAUUUGCUCGCUGCUCAGCUCACCUCCGAAGAUCUCCGCAGCUACCCCGGCAGCCGCCUGUUUGAGAUGCAGGAGAAGCUGGCCAGCAUGUCAGACUGCAUCAUGAAAACCCUGCGGUCCCGGUGGAGGUCACCGCCCCACGACAGCGCUGAGUAGUUGCUUAGAAUUCCUGAGGAAGGAGGAUUUGGUUACAAGUCUUCCCACAAAGCGUAGUUUUCUUACUGGUGAGUUAAUCCGUGAGCUGUACGUUUUGUACCAUAGAAGAUUUUUUAACACCUAUAUGAUCAAAAUGUAUCAUGCUUUACUUCUCCUAUCUGGUUUUUUUAACUUGUAGGAUUGUUUAUUCCCCAUUAGAGAGAUUUCUAUUACAUUGCUAUGCAUGUCUCUUUCAGGUAGUGAAAGAGAACUUGAUCAAGUUGUGCAAUAGCAAAGACUGAAACCAAACUAACAGAGUAGUUAAGUUAUUUUUUCAAAUCCAAAAAGUGUUCUUACUGCUGUAAACUCAAUAUAUAUGGUGAGAGAUGGCUCUCAGCUCUGUUCUCGUGCUGCCCGUGUCAGCUUCCUUCAGAGCUGCUGAAACCCUUCAGCACUUCUGUACUGGGAAGCUCUGCUCGGUUCCCUGCAGUAGCAGCAGUGGGUGAUCACAGUACUGACAGCGGGGUGGCACAGGUGUUUGUGUGUGUGCUGUUAUAGGGCACGGUGCAGCUGGGGACAAAAGCAACGGUGCGAGUGAGAGACUUGGCACAACUUGUUGGCCUUUUCCUGUGUUCUAACAGCUUUGUUUGCAGCAGCUCUCCUGUGGUGGAGAAGACCCCCUUUUCCCUUUGUGGAAAUAAAUGGAUUUGACGUGGGUUCUUUGUAUAUUAUGUAUAGGCUUGUGAUUGCAGAUGUUGGUUAAUAAUUUAUGGUUUUUAAUUGCAUGGAAUGCACUGCUGCUUCUCAGAGACCUUCAGAGUUCUUCGUUUUUACCCCUGAAAUCUGAUUUGUAUAUAUUGGACAUUUAUGGAAAGGAAUCGUUCCAGGUGUUAGAACUUCAACAUGUGCAAAUAAAACAGCAAUUAGUUCCC